AUGGCUCCUAAAGUAGCUAUUGUUUUCUACUCCAUGUAUGGCCACAUCCAAAAGCUUGCCGAGGCCGAACAAGCAGGUCUCAGGAAAGCCGGAAUUGAAGCCGAUCUCUUCCAAGUUCCAGAGACUCUUCCUCAAGAGGUCUUGGCUAAGAUGCACGCUCCUGCAAAAUCCGACAUUCCAGUCAUCGACCCUCAGACUCUUGCAAACUAUGACGCAUUCCUCUUCGGUAUCCCAACCAGAUACGGUAACUUCCCCGCCCAAUGGAAAGCUUUCUGGGACGCUACCGGUAGCCAAUGGCAAACCGGAGGCUACUGGGGAAAAUUCGCAGGAAUAUUCGUUUCCACCGGCACUCCAGGUGGUGGACAAGAAAGCACCGUUCUUGCUUCUCUCUCAACAUUAGCUCAUCACGGCAUCAUCUAUGUUCCAUUGGGUUAUGCAAAGUCGUUCCCACAACUCGCAAAUAUGGAAGAGGUUAGAGGUGGUUCCCCAUGGGGUGCCGGAACUUUCGCUGGCGCCGAUGGAUCUCGAUCACCCUCUGCUCUCGAGUUAGAACUUGCUACCAUUCAAGGCGAGGAAUUCGGAAAGACCAUUAGCAAAGGUUCCGUCACAAACAAUGAAGUAAAGUCAGAAUCAAUUUUGGCAGAUAGCAAUGGAGAACCCAAAAAUACCCAACAAGCAAACCUUAAAGCAGACAAAGGAGAAACUAGGCCCAAAGACAGGGAAGGCCCAUGUGGCUUACCUUCCAAGUGCACAAUUCAAUAA